AGAAUUAUAUCAUCGCCCGUCGGCCCCAUCCUCGUCUCUGCAUACAAACCUCAUUGCAUUCCUCUCGUCUUGUACCGUGAGCACUCAAACAAUUGAACCACUGACAGCAUAAACUCCACCAUGGCAGCCAACCCCGACACCAUCCUGCGCGAGGUCAACAUCCUCGGCGAGCUGAACGACCAGAACCGUCACAUUCUCAGCAAAGAUGCUGCCGUCUUCCUUGCCCUCCUCCACCGCACAUUCAACGAGCGCCGGAAAGCUCUCCUCCAGCGACGAGUGAUCCGUCAAGCCGAGCUCGACAAGGGCAACCUGCUCGACUUCCUCCCCGAGACCAAGCACAUCCGCGAGAACGCCACAUGGAGAGGUGCACCACCAGCGCCCGGCCUGGUCGACAGGCGCGUCGAGAUCACCGGCCCAACCGACCGCAAGAUGGUCGUCAACGCCCUGAACUCAAACGUCUGGACAUACAUGGCCGACUUUGAGGACUCAAGCGCGCCGACGUGGGACAACAUGAUCAACGGCCAGCUCAACCUCCACGAUGCCAUCCGCAGGCAAGUCGACUUCAAGCAGGGCGAGAAGGAGUACAAGCUCCGCACCGACCGAACACUCCCUACACUCAUUGCUCGUGCCCGAGGCUGGCAUCUCGAGGAGAAGCACUUCACCGUUGACGGCGAGCCCAUCUCCGGCGGUCUCUUCGAUUUCGGACUGUACUUCUUCAACAACGCCCACGAGCUUGUCAAGCGCGGAGCUGGCCCGUACUUCUACCUGCCCAAGAUGGAGUCGCAUCUUGAGGCAAGGCUGUGGAACGACGUCUUCAACUUGGCGCAGGACUACAUCGGCAUGAAGCGCGGCACCAUCCGAGGCACUGUCCUGAUCGAGACCAUUACCGCUGCUUUCGAGAUGGAUGAGAUCAUCUACGAGCUUCGCGACCACUCUUCUGGUCUCAACUGCGGUCGCUGGGACUACAUCUUCAGCACCAUCAAGCGCUUCCGCCAGAACCCCCAACUCGUUCUGCCCGACCGAGACUCCGUCACCAUGACGAGCCCCUUCAUGGAUGCAUACGUCAAGCUGCUCAUCAAGACCUGCCACAAGCGAGGUGUGCACGCUAUGGGCGGCAUGGCUGCUCAGAUCCCCAUCAAGAACGAUCAGCAGGCGAACGACGCCGCCAUGGCCAAGGUCCGUGCCGACAAGCUCCGUGAGGUGCGCGCUGGUCACGACGGCACCUGGGUGGCUCACCCAGCGCUCGCUGCCAUCGCUUCCGAGAUCUUCAACGAGCACAUGCCUACACCUAACCAAAUGCACGUGCGCCGUGAGGAUGUCCACAUCACCGCAAACGACCUGCUCAACAUGAACGUGCCAGGCAAGGUCACCGAGGAGGGCAUCCGCAAGAACCUCGACAUCGGUCUUAGCUACAUGGAGGCCUGGAUCCGCGGUGUUGGUUGCGUACCAAUCAACUACCUCAUGGAGGAUGCGGCUACCGCCGAAGUGUCGAGGAGCCAGCUGUGGCAAUGGACAAGGCAUAGCGUGGAAACUGCUGAGGGCAAGAAGGUCACCAAGGACUACGCCCUCAAGCUGCUUCACGAGCAGGCUAAGGCAUUGAGCCAGAAGGCACCCAAGGGUAACAAGUUCCACGUUGCCGAGAAGUACUUCGCAGGCCAGGUCACUGGCGAGGACUACGCUGAGUUCCUUACCUCAUUACUCUACAACGAAAUCACCAAUGUAGGUCCCCCCAAGGGAGCUUCGAAGCUCUAAGCUCACCAACCCCUAAUCGUGUUUCUGUUUCCUUGAUCUACUUAUGUAACUAUACCACACCACAUGUCCAGACAAACCAAAUGAAGUUUAGCCUGUAAGCACCAAUGCAAAAAAGCGUUAUAAUUCAUCCA